UUAUCGCGAGAACUGCGGGCUCGGUGCGGGAUGGCUGCGGAACCGGGCGGAGCUGGUUCGUGUCGCCCGGAGCCGGCUCUCGGGCCCGAGACAUGGCUCGGGGUCUCAGCCCUCUAGGCCGGCCUCACCUGAAUACGGUCGCCAUGCCCAAGAGAGGAAAACGACUCAAAUUCCGGGCCCAAGACGCCUGCUCCGGGCGAGUCACCGUGGCGGAUUAUGCCAACUCGGAUCCAGCGGUCGUGAGGUCUGGACGGGUCAAGAAAGCGGUGGCCAACGCCGUUCAGCAGGAAGUAAAAUCUCUUUGUGGCUUGGAAGCCUCCCAAGUUCCUGCAGAGGAAGUUCUUUCUGGGGCCGGUGAGCCCUGUGACAUCAUUGACAGCAGUGAUGAGAUGGAUGCUCAGGAAGAAAGUGCCCAUGAGAGAACUGUCUCCAGAAAAAAGAAAAGCAAGAGGCACAAAGAAGACCCGGACGGGGCUGGAGGAGAGGAGUACCCCAUGGAUAUUUGGCUGUUGCUGGCUUCCUACAUCCGUCCUGAGGACAUUGUGAACUUCUCCCUGAUUUGUAAGAAUGCCUGGACUGUCACUUGCACUGCUGCCUUUUGGACCAGGUUGUACCGAAGGCACUACACGCUGGAUGCCUCUCUGCCUUUGCGCCUGCGACCAGAGUCCAUGGAGAAGCUGCGCUGUCUCCGGGCAUGUGUGAUCCGAUCUCUGUACCAUAUGUAUGAACCAUUUGCUGCUCGAAUCUCCAAGAAUCCAGCCAUUCCAGAAAGUACUCCCAGCACUCUAAAGAAUUCCAAAUGCUUACUUUUCUGGUGCAGAAAGAUUGUUGGGAAUAGACAAGAACCAAUGUGGGAGUUCAACUUCAAAUUUAAAAAACAGCCCCCUAGGUUAAAGAGCAAGUGUGUGGGACGACUACAGCCUCCUAUUCAGUAUGAAGAUGUUCACACCAACCCAGACCAGGACUGCUGCCUACUUCAGGUUACCACCCUCAACUUCAUCUUUAUUCCAAUUGUCAUGGGAAUGAUAUUUACUCUGUUCACUAUUAAUGUGAGUACAGACAUGCGGCAUCAUCGAGUGAGACUGGUGUUCCAAGAUUCUCCUGUCCGUGGUGGCCGGAACCUGCGUAAUGAACAGGGUGUGCAAGUCAUUCUGGACCCAGUGCACAGUGUUCGGCUCUUUGACUGGUGGCAUCCACAGUAUCCAUUCUCCCUGCGGGCAUAGUUACUGCACCCCAUCCCUUGGGGCAGCUCUGAGUCUGGUCCAUUAGUAAUGAGAUUCCGUUUGGAUGGGGCAGCUGGAUUGUAUAUCUGAUUAGUGAUGCAUGAGCUCUAUGGGUUCUACGGGCUCCUAUUACAGGCAGGAGAAGGGUUGAAUCACGAAGAAAGACAACUAUGAUUUAUAAACAUUUUCAUGUAAAAAUUUGCAUUUGAAAGGAGAAACCUGGCCUGUUUUGUGUGUUAAAACCCCAUUUGGUGCUAUUGAGUUUGUUCUUUAUUCUUUUAUUCCAGUGAAAAUGAAUGAUCAAGCUCUAGGGAAAAAUUAGCUGAAAUUUUCAAGCAAGGAAAAUUUCCUUAGGAUCAGAGGAACCCAGCAUCCUAAAAUUGUUGUUAUAUUGCUUCAGUGCUGCUUCUCAAAGUCAAGUGAAUAUUUUCUCCCUUACCCUUCUUCAGUUCAAAUAAAGCAGGUGACAGGGUUUUCAGAAUCUUAUAAAACAUUGACUGUGUAUCUUUAAAAAAAAUAAUUCUUGGAUAUUUAUGCUAUAAUUAAUUGUUUUGCCAAUUUUGUAUUAGGGUUUUGUUUUUUUUUUUUGCAUGAGGUUGAUGAUGACAAUAAUGAUUUUGACAUUGUGUCCUUGACUGUACUAGGACCUUAACAUAGUAUCUCUAAUUCUUAAAAGUCUUUUCAAGAUAGGUUAAACUAUUUUCUAUCUUUGUUUGAGAAGUUGAAUCAGUGACUUACCCAAGGCCUUAACAGCCAGUAAACAGACUGACCCAGGUCUUUUUUCUUUUUGCUGUACUGUAACUUAAAAGGCCAGUUUUAUUUUGCUUUUGGUAGAUGGCAAGAAAAGAAUCAGCAGAUUAUAAUUUAAAAAAAAGAAAAGUAAGCUGGGUGUCUGUGGCUCACACUUGCAGUGCUAGCUACUCAGGAGGUUGAGAUCUAAGGACGUGGUUCAAAUCCAGCAUGGACAGCAGAGUCUAUGAGAUU